GCCUGCUGUUCCUGACCAACACAGCAUUUCUAUAUAUGCGCUAUUUAGACAUAACCACUGUGUAUGUGUGUGUUCUUAUUGUAGACACAGAUAAAAUUUAUAAUUUGGCUUGCGAUUGUUCGAUAAGAGGUUUAAAUGUAAAAUUUUUCUGGAAUAAAUGAUUGCUUUUGUCAAAUGUGCAGUUUUCAUCUAUCUACGAUAUCGCGUAGAUUUCUUUAGCCAUAAUUUAUUAUAAUGAUAUAUUUUGUCAUUAGUAUUCUUACCUUGGUCUUAUGGAAAAGUAACGGAACUGAUGCUUUAAAAUGUUACUGCGAUAUAUGUGGAAAAGCUGCUAAUCAUACAUGUGAAACAGAUGGACUCUGUUUCACGUCCACUUCCAAGGAGGAUAAUGGAGUCAUUACACAUUCUUACAGAUGUUUCACGAAAAAAGACCUCCAGCCUCCUGAACACCCUCUGUUUUGUCAUUACUCGGAGAAUAUGAAAUCCAAAACUUUAUUUGUUAUAAAAUGUUGUCAUGGCUAUGAUUAUUGCAAUCUUGAUUUGACACCUACCUUGGCUCCUCCAACUUCAGUGAUGGGGAGCGAUAUGAUGGACAAAGAUACUAGACUAGGUACUCUCGAACUAGCAUUUGUUGUAGCUGCUCCUAUUUGUGCUCUCUGUAUUGCUGGUGUAAUUAUGUGGGGCAUUUGGCAGCUAAAACAAAAGCAUCGAAGGUAUCAAGUUGAUAGUGAAAAUUCAUUAGAAAGUUGUGAACCAAUGUUGCCCCCUGAUCAUUCCAUUAAGGACAUGAUAGACAUGACGACUUCAGGCUCGGGAUCAGGUACAGGACUUCCUCUGCUUGUUCAAAGAAGUAUAGCUAGACAAAUACAACUUGUAGAAAUAAUAGGCAAGGGUCGUUUUGGAGAAGUAUGGAGAGGACGCUGGCGUGGUCAACCAGUUGCAGUGAAAAUAUUUUCAUCUAGAGAUGAACGAUCAUGGUUUAGAGAAGUGGAAAUAUAUCAAACAGUGAUGCUUCGGCAUAGCAAUAUAUUAGGAUUCAUAGCAGCUGACAAUAAAGACAAUGGAACCUGGACUCAGUUGUGGCUUAUUACUGAUUACCAUGAAAAUGGAUCACUCUUUGACUAUCUGAAUAAGUGUACUGUUGAUACUGCAGGAAUGUGCAAAAUGGCCUAUUCUAUUGCUAAUGGAUUAGCACAUUUGCAUAUGGAGAUCCUUGGUACACAAGGUAAACCUGCUAUUGCUCAUAGAGACCUGAAAAGUAAAAACAUUUUGGUUAAAAACAAAGGGUCCUGUGCUAUAGCUGAUUUAGGUUUGGCUGUGAGAUUUGAUUCUAUCUCUAACUCAGUUGACAUUCCACCAAACCCGAGAGUUGGAACAAAACGCUAUUUAGCACCUGAAGUUUUGGAUGAAACUAUAAACACCAAUCACUUUGAUUCUUUUAAAAGAGCAGAUAUCUAUGCAUUUGGAUUAGUUCUUUGGGAAAUUGGACGACGAUGUGACAUCGGAGGAAUACAUGAAGAGUACCAAUUACCAUAUUAUGACAUGGUACCUUCAGAUCCCAGCAUUGAUGAAAUGAAGAAAGUUGUCUGCUUUGAUAAGCAGAGACCUCCAAUACCAAACAGGUGGCAGUCUUGCGAGGCUCUGAGAGUGAUUUCUAAAGUUAUGAAAGAGUGCUGGUACCAUAAUUCUGCAGCUCGUUUAACUGCUCUUCGCAUAAAGAAAACUCUGGCUAACCUUGGUGCUCAAGAAGACUUGAAAAUUUAAGAAAACAAAAAUCAUUUAGUCUUUGUUCUUGAUGUAGUGAAUGAUAUUGAUGUUAUGAUUGCAACCAGGUGCCUGGAAUUCCUCAAUUAGAUUGUGCAUGUACAAAGGUCUAAUUUAUGUUCUUUAAACUCUCUCUCAGAGACAGAAGUGAAAGUUUAUGAGCAAUCUCGUAUUUCCAGCAUUUGUUAUUCAUCCUGUGAAUCUAUAGACAUCUUGUCUAUGUAAUGUCUUUUGUAGAUUUUAUUCACAUAACUUUUUUUAAUAUAUGUAUAGUAGAAGACGAGAUAUGUAAUAUAUGGUAUAAAUUAUUUUUAGGUAUCAGUAUCAUUUGAGUUCCAUUAUUAGAUUUUUUUUUUUUAAUUCUAAAAAGUUCAUCAAAAUAAAUUUUCAAUUUCACAAUUUUGUUCAUCAAUUUUUUUAAAAAAAUUGACUUUGCAUUAAUGGAAUUUUUAUUGUUAUUAGAAUCAUCAUGUGUGAUAGGACAUGGGUAUUACUUUUUGUAUGCAAAUGCCUGAUCUUUUCUUUCAAAUAUGUGAUGAGAAUUUUAUGACAUGCGUGGUGCUCACCUUGUAAAAGCCGUCCGAAGAGGCAUGCUUUGAAAGCUACUCUUUCUGUGCUAAUAUUGCAGUGUAAAUUUUUUAUUGAAUUGCAUAAGUUCUGUGUACAUAAUAUUGCAUUCAUUUUUGGUCUGUUUGUCAAAUUUAUAAAGGCUUUGUGCAAUGCAUUGCAGUUGUUUAGAAAAAAAAAAGUUUUAAUUAUAAAAAAAAAUGACACAAUGGUGAGAUUUGUGAUUUUUUACGUAUCAAAAAGAUGUUCAGAUUAUGAAUAGCCAAAAUUUCAAUCAUUCAUUGUUAUUGGUAUUCAUUGAAAUAUGGAGGAUGUUAUUGUAUAUAAGAGAGAAAAAGUGACAUCAGGGAUGUCAGUUUUAGUAUUUAAUUAUGUAUUUUUCAUUUAAUUAUUGAUUUUAAACAAAUUUAAUGGAAGUUUUUUUAAUUAAGUUAUUAAAUGGCAUUUAUUUAAAUCUUGUUGAUUGUUAACAAAUGAAUUUGUUAUCCAUAAUGUUUCUUUGUGUUAGUUUUUCUUUUUUUUUUUAUGUGGAUCCUUUUCUUGUGUAUGAUUGUCUUUUAUUAUACAAAAUAAUUCUGUAACUAAAAAUAAAAAUAUUCUUUCACAUUAAGAAAAUUUAAUCUGCUUUGCUAAAGCUAAGAUUAUUGCAUUUUCUCCUAUAUUCUUAUGAUUAUUUGAAGUGCAUGCUAAGCAAUCUUUCUCUCUAUGUAUAUGUAUAGUUGGAAGUGUUUCAAUUGGUGCACAUUAUCAAAUAAUGGCAGGGAUACAAGAAACUGAUGUAUAGACAUUGUCUUGAUAAUUUAUGUAUAUAAAACUAUGUUUUAUUAAUUGAUUGCAAUUUGUUUCUCGAAAUUCAUAAUGAAUUAAACAGCACUUUAUCUGUUUCUAAGGAUCAGUAUUAUGUUACAAGAGAUUUUUAAAGGUACUUUAAUGCCACCGGAACUAUAUUUUAAUGUCAUAUUACUAGUAUAUCUGUAGGUAGAAGAUGUUCUUAUUUUCAUUUUCUUGACAAUAACCCAGUUUCAAACGAAAGUUUACUGCCCUGUUUGCUGUUUAUAAUACCAGGACCUCAGAUAAACAUUUAGCAAUAUAAACUUUCUGAAUAGUGUUUAGCAUACUUAAUUAACAAGUGUUCUUAAUUUUGUUUUAUUUUUAAACUAAUAAUCACAUUUCUAAAUGUGUGCAUUUACUUGAAAUCAGAACACAAAAUAAUUUUUUAUGGUAGUGCUGCUAAAAACUGGUGAAUCAAAAAAGAAAAACUAAAGUGCUCUGACAGAGAAAAUUUAUUUCCUCAUAUAGUGGAGUACAAUUAGAUCAAGGAGCCUUGUUUUUCACUUUAGCAUUUUUAUUGUCUAUUUUUUUCAUGGUAAGACAAUAUUUUGUGUAAAGUUUAGAUAUUUAAUUAAAUAAAACUCUGUCAGGGGAUAUGAAUUGAAUUAGUUUAGCAAAUAAAUAAGUAGUAGUUGUUUUAUCUUUUAAUACAUGAAUCAAAGUUAUUUUAUAAUUUUAUUUUUGUAUGAAAAUGGGCAAAUUUGGAUGAAUCUUGACUGUUUGACGAACAAAAAUAAGCUUUAGCUUGAUGUGAAAUAUUUCACUUAGUUUUAGGAAAGUACUUAUUUGAAGAUAUGAUUGUUUAUUAUUGAGUUUUAAGAAGGUGCACUGUUUAUUCCUUUCAAAAUACAAAUAAGAGCACUAUAAGUACAAAUAAGUAAAUACAUAUUUACUUUUCUGUUGCACUCAAUGCACAUUUUGUAGCCUGAUUAUGUUGAAUACCUCUGCAUUUUCAUUAUUUUUAGAAAACUUAAUCAUAGACAUGGCUUCAAACAAUCUAAAUAAUCUGUAUAGUUCCUUAGAUUGUUCAAAUGCAAAAUCUGUUUUUAAAAAAAGUAUAAAUUUAAAAAAUCAAAUUGAAACCCAUUGGUAUCUUAUUGGAGCUUAUAUUUUUAAAAAAUUUACAAGUAAAAAUAAAUAAAAUUAAGAGUAUAAAUAUUAACAAUCAGGAACAUAAACAGUUAUAUAGAUUUUUUUUUUCAUUUUAUUUUGCUUAUUCUUCAUGUUACUUCAUGAACAAAUUUUGUUGAGAAUGCAAACACGUCAAACAGAUUGUAGUUUCAUCCAGAUAUGCAUAUUUUUCAAGAUAUGGCUGACUAUGUAUUCAUGUUUUCUUAAAAGAUGUGUAAAGUACAUUAUAUCUGUCAUAUCUAGAGUUCCUGUAGAUAUCAGAAUUCACUAAGUGUACAAUAUUAUGAAAUGAAUUGUGCAAAAUAUUAAUUAUUUAUAAUUUUAUCACUAAUUUUACUAGUAAAAAAAAAAGUCCAUUCUUAAAGGUGCUACUCUUGUAAAUUACCUUUUGUUUUUUUUAAAAAGAAAAAUUCAAGAAUUGCUUUUUCUGCAUUCCAUUAUCACUCAAUCCAUACAGUUCCAUUCAACUCACUUAUUUGAUGCAUUAA